AUGCCCUCUUCACUAAAAUUUCUCGUUUAUUUUGUUACAUUUUUAAGUUUAUGUCAAACAUGCUAUACUAUAAGAGAGUACAACAAGGAGGAUAUUUUAAAAUUACGGGAAGAAGUCAGAGAAAUGUUUCAGCAUGCUUAUGAUAGUUAUUUAAAAUAUGCAUACCCUUAUGAUGAACUACGUCCUCUGAGCUGUGAUGGUGUUGAUACUUGGGGCAGCUACUCUCUUACCCUUAUUGAUGCUCUGGACAUGCUAGUUAUAAUGGGAAACUAUACUGAGUUCAACAGAGUGGUAGAUAUUGUGUUAGAACGAAAAGACUUUGAUACAGAUAUUAAUGUGUCUGUGUUCGAAACAAAUAUCAGAAUAAUAGGAGGUCUGUUAAGUGCUCAUCUUCUGUCUCAUAAAUCUGGUAUGAAAUUAGAGCCAGGUUGGCCCUGUAAUGGACCACUGCUAAGAUUAGCUGAAGACGUAGCCCAAAGGCUAAUAGCUGCAUUUGACACCACUACAGGUAUGCCAUAUGGAACAAUUAAUUUACGAUCUGGUGUGCCACCUGGAGAAACAAGCAUAACUUGCACAGCAGGAGUGGGUACUUUUAUUAUAGAAUUUGGGACUUUAAGUAGACUGACUGGUGACCCAUUAUAUGAAGAGGUAGCAUAUAAUGCGUUGAAAGCAUUAUAUCACCACAGAUCACCUAUUGGACUUGUGGGGAACCAUAUAGAUGUGAUGACAGGUCGUUGGACUGCCCAAGAUGCUGGUAUUGGUGGAGGAGUUGAUUCCUAUUUUGAAUAUUUAGUCAAAGGUGCCAUAUUGUUAGAAAGGCCAGAACUUAUGUCCAUGUUUACCGAGGCCCGUUCUGUUAUUGACAAAUAUCUAAAGAAAGAUGAUUGGUAUGUAUGGGCCACUAUGUUGCGAGGACAUGUCACAUUACCAGUGUUCCAGUCCCUUGAGUCGUACUGGCCUGGUGUCCUCAGUUUGAUUGGUGAAAGCGAUACAGCUAUGCGUAUAAUACAUAAUUACCACAGUGUAUGGAAACAGUAUGGUUUUACUCCAGAAGUAUAUAACCUGGGCACAGGAGAGGCUUCCUCGUCCCGCGAAAGCUACCCGCUUAGACCUGAACUCAUUGAAUCGAUCAUGUACUUGUAUAGAGACACUCGAGAUCCUAUAUUGUUGCAAAUGGGCGAAGAUAUUUUGAGAAGUAUCCAGCACAGUGCAAGGACACCCUGCGGUUAUGCCACCGCUGGUUAUAGGAACCACAUUAAAGAUGUACGAGAUCAUCGUAAGGAAGAUAGAAUGGAGUCGUUCUUCCUCGCUGAAACUACAAAGUAUUUGUACUUGUUGUUUGAUCCCGAUAACUUUAUUCACAAUCCUGGCGUUCACGGUACUGUCAUAGAUACGCCUAACGGUGAAUGUAUUGUAGAUGUUGGAGGUUACAUCUUCAAUACAGAGGCUCAUCCUAUCGACCCUACCAUGCUGUAUUGCUGCCAUGAAGCAAGACAAGGAAUGAACAUUAGCGAGGUCCAUAGAGUAUAUCAAAUGUUAGAAGAGGAAGACAAUAUUCACUUCAUGACAAUGAUAGAUUCGACUGUAAAAAAUAACAAAACUGAAACUGAUAAUAAUAGCAAUAUGAGUGCUCCACAAGAGGAAAUGCAAAAGGAUGAAGAUAAAGAUCAAGUUUUUAUUAAAACUGAAACAAGAACUGGUUAUGUUAAUAUUGACGGAACAGAAAGAGAGAAAACUAAGAAUGAAACAACUUUAAGCGAGCUUUUGAAGGAACGGAUAAGCAAUUUUUAUAAUAAAUCUGAUAUCAUUGACAAAGAAUCUUUGGAUUCGCCAUCUGAUAAUAAUACAGACAAGAAAGUGGAGGUAGACGACAUUAUAAUUGCGCAACCGCCGCAAGAGGAGAAAUUAGAAUUACCCAGUACAGCGCGAGCGAAGGAAACUAUGAGACUAUUACCUAAAGUCAUUCAAGAUUUUUUAAAUAAUGAUUGGAAGAAGAAGCCUAAGUGUGAACCGCAACAUAUGCUAGAAAGAAUAAGAAGAGAAAAGAGAUACCCAGAUCAUUUAGAUGUAGACAAAUAUGAGCUUUUGUUGACGCCAGCGCCAUCUUUCCUACAACGAAUAUCAUUGGCGGGCGAGUUUCUAAACAAGAAACAAUUAGAGGUGUAG